GUUUAAGUAAAUUGGUUUUUAAUAGUUUAUUUUUGUUUUUUUUUUUUUCCAAAAUGGAGGUUAUUGAAGAUGGGAAUAUUAUGGAUAGGAUCCCUAUUCUCUUGCAAAGGGACCUUGAAUACUACCAGAAAAACCAAACGGUUCUAUCUGAGAUUGUCUGCCCGGGAGUGGUUGGUGGAAGGCUGGAUUUCCCGAGGAAUGCAUCAUUUGCUGCAGUUAAAAUAGUUAUCUGGCUUGAAGAGGAAUUCAGCAUUGCAUUUCAGCAUGGAUCAGGGAUGUUCGUGACAACGGGAGAGGAUAAUGGGUCUGAUGCAGACAUUAUAGUGAAGACAUCCGAUCCUGACAAGUUUGUUCAGUUGGCUGUCAAGUCUAGUGACGCGUUGAUGGAACAUCUCCACAUGCUAGUGCAAGAAGCUCUCGACCACGCAGACUUGCCGGUCCUGACAGCCACCCUCGGGGCUGCAGCGUUGUUGAAGAACAGCCUCUUCUGCUACCUUCAGCACGUCGAGGACGCCGCCACUUCUGAGAGCCAGGGUUCAAUGCAGGCGGCAUACAAACGCUACGUGACUAUGUCAGAAGCGGUGGCGGAGCGUGUUCUGGAUCUGCACAUGCGCGUGGUAUCGCUGUAUAUGGUACAGGACGCGGGCGGCCGGCCCAUAGAGCAGACUGCGCGCGCGCACCACGCCGGCUCCCCGUCUGUGCACGCCUGCUGGCUCUAUAUGAACGGUGUCCGUAAAGAUUUGUGGGAUACAGUGCCGCCAAGAAUGGCGCAAAGGAUAUACGCUGGAAUACUUAAUGAAAUCCUCACCAUUCUCACUGUGAGAUAUUGUCAGACGAACACCACAGAAGUGACAACGCCGCUUCUAAUUAAUGACAUACUGAAUAUCCUUCUCUGUAUGGCUCAACUCUUGCCCACGAUAUGUUCGUCUGGGGCUGAUUUGGCUGGGUUGGAUGUCAAGCAGCAAGCGAGGGAUGUUAGAGAUGUUCACGCCAAGUGUAACGAACUGUUCAAGUGUUUGGUCUAUAGAGGUGCUGAUCUCCAUUACAUUCACCAGGCGUUCAAAGAAAAAGACGACUCGCCGAUACCCAAGAAUAGUCCAGCUCCGUGGUUCAUAUUUGUGAGUCCGAAGCUGUUCGGCGAAGCACUUGAUGACGUAAUGAACAGCCCACUGGACCUGCCUGAUAAGACUGCUAUUGGCCUGGAGCUGAUAGUCCUUCUAGCCCAACCUCAACCGUCUUGGCCAUUGUUAGUCAAGGUGCUGAUGAUGCGAAACUGUCAACUAAUCCGGUCUCUCCUGAUCCACGCUGUGAAGCAUACGUCUAUAGACAACAGUCGCUGGCCUGCCAACGGGUGCUGGUACACUGUGGAGGAUAAACGAGGGAAGUGUGAGGGCUUCCUCUGUACUGCUGACGGAUUCUGCAAGUUUAAAGGGGAUAGUAAUGCGGGAGAAGAGUACGCCAAAGCUGCAGGUGCUAUGACCUUCAUAUUGGCUUCGAUCGGCAGCAAAGCAGAACUCAAGUCUACGUUGUGCUACGCUUUGGAGAUCUCUGCGAGAGACUGGGCCGCUUGCCUUGAUAAACGACAGGUGUGGUGUGAUCGGAGGCCGCCGUGGCUAGCCGCUGUAUUGGCGCUCGUCGGAACCGCUUUGCAGUUCCUACCGCCUAUCUUAGUCAAUGCCAUACAAAACGGAGCUUCUAUGUAUCAGACAAUGUCUCUCUGCCUAACUUGCAUAUCACGAACCCUGGACUGCGUUCCGCGUACGUUCUUCAACGCGUCUGACGUCAUACAGACAUGUCUACCUUCUAACGUCAACCCCGUCGGAGGGUCCGUGUUGUUACAAAUGUUGAUCACUGUCGCCUAUGAGGAACUACAGAAAUGGGCCAAGAGGGAAGUUGCUAAGGAAAAGGCUGCUGCCUCUGAAUCUAACGGCCAAGCUCAUAACAUGAACCCACGAAGCAGACCGAGACAAAAACAAGUUAGAAUUAUGAGUAUUGGUCAUACAAACACAUCAAGUUCCGUAAGUUUCGACGGGCUAAGCACUCCAUCGUCUAUCGCGCUUGGCGUGGCAGAGGCGCUGUGCUCUAUCGACGAAGACGACAAGCAUACGCAGGAGAUAGCGCUACUGGUGGAGCGAGCGAAUGCGCCCUUCGCAAUCUCCUCGCGAUUCGGGCUCCAAGACUUCCCGGAGUUCGCUGAACUAUUCCAAGAGGGUGAGGUGCCUGGAGCUAAGGCAGAGUGCGCAGGCGACGCAGCAGCGUUGACAAGUCAAAUUCUUAUGACGGCACCUGGAAGAGACAGUCUCAGGGUGAUUUAUGACCAUCUUCAACUUCACGCAGACAGAAUAUACGAUGAGCUUGGUGUCCGAGAGAAGAGUGACGCGGACAUACCUCUGAACAAAGCGCCUCUUCUGUAUAUCAUGUUCCAUAUCGGCAGACGGCCUUUUGAUCAGUACUUCCGAGGCGAGUGGCCAAUGCCGUGGAGUAAGUUGGUGACAGCGGCGCGUGCGUGGAGCGGCAUAGAGGGCGCUAGAGUGCACGUGUGCAGGCGGGAGGACAUGCGCAAUGCGAAGACUCAACACAAGUGCAACAACAGACUGCUACUCGACCUGCACCACUUGUUCAAGACGCGAGCUGAAGCACUCUUGUAGGUGUAUUAGAAGAUACUAGAGAGAGUGGAAGUGGGAGGUUUAGUGCAAUUCACACCUGAAUGUGAUUUUUCAAUAAGGCGCUCAUCAUCAUCAUCAGCCCAUCAACGUCCCCACUGCUGGGGCACGGGCCUUCCCUAUGUGGGUGGAUAGGGAGAUCGGGCCUUAAACCAUCACGCGGGCCCAUUGCGGAUUGAUGGUUAUUAACGACUGCUAAUGCAGCCGGGACCAACGGCUUAACGUGCCUUCUGAAGCACGGAGGAGCCCGAGAUGAAAACUUUUUUUUGUGGUUUACCCAUCCUAUGACCGGCCUUUGCGAAAGUUGCUUAACUUCAACAAUCGCAGACCGAGCACGUUUACCGCUGCGCCACCGAGCUCCUCAAUAAGGCGUUCACGUGUUUUACUAUAAGGUCGAUGUAGAGAGAGACCCAUAUACCAAUUACCUAAAUUAAUGUACUUACAAAAACACAAUGGAACUUCAACUAAAGUUAUUCUUUUUAGGCAAUAGUGGUGAUUCCAGCACACACCAUCAAAUUUUAUUUUAAGUUAUGCCUGUCAUUUUCUUAUCCGCCGAAAAGGAAAGGGCCUGGAACACACGUCAAAUGUAGUUUAAGGCAGAAAUUUAAAAACCCUCACAAAAUUUUAUAUUGGCCAAUAACCGGACAUAAUUAAGCUGAUAGCACACGUCAAACGGAUUGCGAAACAAUGACGGGUAUAACUGAAAAUAAAAUUAGGAGAUGUCUGCAGGAAUCAGGGCCAUUGACUAUAAUCUGUAUUACUUGCUUCAGCAACACAUUGUUAUUUCUAUAAAACGUGUAUAGCUUUCUAAAAUCAAAACAAUAUACAAUCUACAUAAUAUACAGAACAAUAUCAUGUACCCACUUUAGAACCCUGUCGCACUAUCAUAAUUUGAUAUUUAAUGAGACUUACGGUUUAAUUUGUCAAAAAAGUUAAUGUGACAUGGUUUCAAAGUGUAUACAUAUUAUAAUUAAAGCACAUACAUACACACACACAUUGUUGUGUAUACAUAUUAGUACUCAUGUUUCUGUUCUCAGCAUAAUUCAGUAGAACAAAUCCAGAUCUAAUUCUCUGCAUCACUCUUAUGUCUCCCAGACAGGGGAUCCCGCUGAGUGUAGACAUGAGACCGUACACUGUUUCUCUGUAA